AUAGUUAUGAUAGGGCGGUUCAUUCCCCAUCUCACUGUACAGUUAAAACUCACUGUGUUUCACCUUUUGAGUGUUUCACUGUGUGCAUUAGUUAAGUGAGUCCAUCCAACCCUCCAUGCGCUGCCAGUCUCAGUCCACUCGCCCCACCCAGCUGAAGGCGCUCCCUGGUGGGCUCGUCUGUGACUCCCUCCCUCCCAGCCAGGGGAAGAAACACAUCAUUAAUCGGGGAUCAGACUGAAGUGGACGUGAGGACGGUGUGGGUGAGAGGGGUGUUUCUGUACAGAUGCUGCAGCUGGUGUUUCUAUCUGCUGGAGCUGGAGCUCGUGGACGCUUAUGCUGCGUUUGGCUGGUCGCUGCUCGCUGACUGACCGACUCUGACUCACCGGUCCCGGGCGCUGAGAUGCUGAGGAGAGGCCGACGCUUCUUAACGUCCUCCCGUGUCGCGGAUGGAGAGCGGAGCCUGAACAGCUGAGCGACGGUAGAUCGGGAGCAACAGGCCGGAUCGUAUCAGUCCGGAACCGAGGAGGAGCGACAGCAUCAGCGGCGGCGGGGGAAGCGACAUGUUCUGAGCGGAGAGCCCGGCGAGCGGCGGCGGCUGGCGGGGAUGAAGACGCCGAGGCAGACGCGCCUCCUCCCGCGGUUCUGCGUCUGUGGAGUCGGUCUGAUCACAGCCGCUUGGAUCUUUCACCUGAAUGAUGUGACAGGUUUGCAUGGACCCACUGUGGAUCCUGACAUCUUGUUCAAGAGAGAGCUCACCCAGCAAAAAGAAGCCAACAACCAAAAUGACAACAUUUCUAGAUCCGCUAUCAGUGAGUUCCCUGAAGACAUCUUCACUCUGGAGCAGCGAAAACAAGGAGCAGUCCUCCUCCAUGUUCUCUGUGCUAUCUAUAUGUUUUAUGCGCUGGCCAUCGUGUGUGAUGUUUACUUUGUACCAUCGCUGGAGAAAGUAUCAGAGAACCUCCAGCUCAGUCAGGAUGUUGCCGGGGCAACCUUCAUGGCAGCCGGGAGCUCCGCACCCGAGCUCUUCACCUCAUUGAUCGGGGUGUUUAUUACAAAGGGAGAUGUGGGUGUGGGAACUAUCGUGGGCUCAGCCGUCUUUAACAUCCUGGUCAUCAUCGGUCUCUGUGGCAUCUUCGCCAAACAGCCCAUCUGUCUGAGCUGGUGGCCUUUGUUUCGUGACGCUUUUUUCUACAUCCUGUCCAUACUGGUGCUUAUCCUGGUGAUCUAUGAUGAAAAGGUUGUGUGGUGGGAGACCAUCAUCCUGAUGUCUAUGUACGGCCUCUACAUCAUCAUCAUAAAGUUCAACAGGUCUCUGUGCAGCCUGGUAGAGAAGCACUGCAGCAGGGAAGGUCAGCCGUGUCUGAGCAUCCUGCGACGGACAACUGCUGUCGGAAACGCCGGAGACUGUGACAACGACAUGGUGCCGCUGAAGCCAGGUGCUGGAGCUCGUGUUUACUCGUGCGUGGUGGCCGGUCAGGACACAGGGGUGGCGAUGGUGGACGAGCAGAUGAACCCUAACCCCCACCAGCUCUCCUUCUCAGAGGCAAGCCUCCGCCUUCUCAUGACCCUGCAUUUCCCCCCCCUCAUCCGCCUGCGCAUGGCAGGGUACAUGGUCAUCAGUGAGAGGCAGAGGCUGAUUCGGGCUCGGGUUGGCCCAGAGGAGGGGGCCGCCUCAGGGGAGGAGGGUUUGGGUGCUAGCGGUCCAAGGGGCAGGGAGAACGGGUCGGUGGCUGAGGAAGACAGGCAGACGCUGGAGGGAGAGACGGAGACGGGUAAAGAAGUGGCGGGUGGGACGAGUGGGGGAGCACCGUCUAAAGAGGAAGAGGAAGAGGAGGACGAGCAGGAGGAACGAGAGGAGGAGAACACUCCAUUCAAACCCUUCAUCGUGCCAGACGGCUGGUGCAUGCGUGUGAAGUGGCUGCUCUCUUGGCCUGUGAGCGUUCUGCUUUACUUCACCAUCCCCGACUGUAACCUGCCACAGUGGGAGCGCUGGUACCUGCUCACCUUCCUCUCCUCCACGCUCUGGAUAGCCCUCUUCUCCUACCUCAUGGUCUGGAUGGUGACGAUAAUCAGCCACACAUUUGGAAUCCCUGAAGUCAUCAUGGGCAUCACUUUUCUGGCAGCCGGCACCAGUGUCCCUGACUGUAUGGCCAGCCUCAUCGUCGCCCGACAAGGGAUGGGUGACAUGGCCGUGUCCAACUCCAUUGGCAGUAAUAUCUUUGAUGUGCUGCUGGGCCUGGGCUUCCCUUGGGCACUGAGGACUCUCAUAGUCAGCUAUGGAUCAGUGGUAACAAUCAACAGCAAAGGUCUGGUGUACUCAGUGGUUCUGCUGUUGGCCUCAGUCACACUGACCGUCCUGUGUGUUCAUCUGAAUCACUGGAGGUUGGACCGCAGGCUGGGAUUCAGUCUCCUGGUUCUAUACGCCAUCUUCCUCCUCUGCUCCGUCGGCUUCGAGAGGCUGUAGAGGACACACACACACUCGACACACUUUAUGGUCCAAAACUCAGACUUAGAAAAAUGGUCCAGCUGAUUUCCCACUGUCACUGCAGCCAUUAUUAACCAUACGUACGGACAGAUACAUUUUCAUUUCAUGUCGUAAUGGCCGUACGUGUUUGAGCAGCAUUUACCAACAAAUAACAUGGUUUACCUUUGAUAAUCAAGUAUUUUACAUAGUUUUGUACCAAGCUCCUCCAGCUCAGAUUUUAUGAAAUCGAAUGUCUCUCAAUAAAUUUAUAAAGUAUUGAAUUUGUAUUCUGAAAGCAAGAAUAUUGUAUAAGGAACCCAAAGUGUGUCGGUUUACUUACAGUAUGAUUCAUUAUUGACUGCCACAAGUAACCUCAAUGAUUAAACAUGUACAUUUAUAUAGUGGUUUCUCAGUCUGUGAAGUUACUUUAAGUUAAAUGUCACGUUUUCAACAUGCCUUUGUGUGUGUAGCUGUAAAUGGCAUCGCAUGGCUGACACGCUCUGGAUAAUUGCACUAAGCCACAGUUCUGUGUAGGAGAAAAUCCUUCAGUGUGUGUUUGUUGAGUGCAAUAAAAAUGCUUUGUUCUGUGA